UCAUCCACCUGUGUUCCAAGGCUGGCGUUAUUUAAAACUGGAAGCCGUUUCUGCGCUCUGCAGAGUUUAGUCGAUCCGAGGUGGCAGAAAGUUCAACACAUUUGUUUUUGAACAAAAAAGUGCUUGUUUUUCACAAUAUUUCAAUAUGAGGGAAAUUGUUCACCUGCAAGCCGGUCAAUGCGGAAACCAAAUCGGUGCCAAAUUUUGGGAGGUGAUUAGUGAUGAGCACGGAAUUGACCCCACGGGAACUUACCAUGGAGACAGUGAUCUGCAGUUGGAGCGGAUUAAUGUGUACUACAACGAAGCCACUGGUGGGAAGUAUGUACCCCGUGCUGUCCUUGUGGACCUGGAGCCUGGAACCAUGGAUUCAGUGAGAUCUGGACCGUUUGGGCAGGUCUUCCGACCAGAUAACUUUGUCUUCGGUCAGAGUGGUGCUGGAAACAACUGGGCCAAGGGUCACUACACAGAAGGUGCUGAGCUUGUAGACUCGGUUCUCGAUGUGGUCCGUAAGGAAGCGGAGAGCUGCGACUGUCUGCAAGGCUUCCAGCUCACGCACUCCCUUGGAGGCGGCACGGGGUCAGGCAUGGGCACGCUCCUCAUCAGCAAAAUCCGUGAGGAGUAUCCAGACCGCAUCAUGAACACCUUCAGCGUGGUGCCUUCACCCAAAGUCUCAGACACCGUUGUGGAGCCCUACAACGCCACGCUGUCCGUCCAUCAACUGGUGGAGAACACUGAUGAAACGUACUGCAUCGACAACGAGGCGCUGUAUGACAUUUGCUUCCGUACACUCAAACUCACUACGCCCACCUACGGUGAUCUCAACCACCUCGUGUCUGCCACAAUGAGCGGGGUCACCACCUGUCUCCGCUUCCCCGGUCAGCUUAACGCCGAUCUGCGCAAACUGGCCGUCAACAUGGUGCCUUUCCCGCGUCUGCACUUUUUUAUGCCAGGCUUCGCCCCCCUCACCAGCAGGGGGAGCCAGCAGUACCGGGCUCUUACGGUGCCCGAGCUCACCCAGCAGAUGUUUGACGCAAAGAACAUGAUGGCCGCUUGCGACCCCCGCCAUGGCCGCUAUCUCACCGUCGCCGCUGUGUUCCGAGGCCGCAUGUCCAUGAAGGAGGUGGACGAGCAGAUGCUGAAUGUGCAGAACAAGAACAGCAGCUAUUUCGUGGAGUGGAUCCCCAACAACGUCAAGACCGCUGUGUGCGACAUCCCGCCUCGAGGUCUCAAAAUGGCAGCCACUUUUAUCGGCAACAGCACCGCCAUCCAGGAGCUGUUCAAGCGCAUCUCCGAGCAGUUCACUGCCAUGUUCAGGCGCAAGGCCUUCUUGCAUUGGUACACGGGUGAGGGGAUGGAUGAGAUGGAGUUCACGGAGGCCGAGAGCAACAUGAAUGACUUGGUGUCGGAGUAUCAGCAGUACCAAGAUGCCACCGCGGAAGAGGAAGGAGAAUUCGAGGAAGAGGGAGAGGAGGAGCUAGCGUAAAGAGUUGAAUGCUGAAGUUUUUUUUCCCGUUUCUUUGUUUGUUUUGUCUCUUUGUUCUGUUCUUUCUUUCACAAGCAGCUAAAAGCUAGCAAUGUGAACAAAUGUUUAUUAAAGCUCUAAAUUUGA